ACAAACAAAACUUGGAUAUAGCUCUAAUCCAAGAACCGUGGGUACGUGACAGAGUCAUUGAGGGACUCCAAGAUGUUAAUGUUCACUACCACCGAUCUCGUUGCGAUCUGGACCAAGGUGCCAACAGACAAAGGCGAGCACGAGGUAAUCAUUGCCUCUGCCUACCUUCCAGGAGAUGAGGAAACUGCUCCAACAAGGGAACUUGUAGCCCUAGUCAACUACUGCAAGGAGAACCACCUACGCUGGAUAAUAGGAUGCGAUGCGAAUGCCCAUCAUACGAUAUGGGGCAGCACAAACAUCAAUGCGAGAGGUGAGUGCCUUCUUGAAUUCUUACUUAGAUAUAAUGUAUCAAUAGUAAACCGAGGCAAUGAACCAACAUUUAGGAAUGCAAUAAGGGAGGAAGUACUUGAUCUUACCCUAUGCAGUCCAAAUGUACUAUCAGAAGUCUCAAAUUGGCAUGUGUCCGGGGAAGCAUCAAUGUCGGACCACAGUCUUAUCAGGUUUAACUUAGGGGACUUGGACAGUGGUACGGUAGAUGAUGUAAAUGAAGCCAGUUAUUUAUCAUUUACUAAUGGAUCUGAGCUUGAAGAACAGGUAGGUGGAGGAUUUUACCCUGAAUGGCUCGACAGCAGUGCAUCUUUCCGCUUGCCUAAUCUCUCUAGUGUCUUUCAGGUGGAAGUUAACGCCAUUAGAGAGCGCGUAUUGCUCUUAGAGAAGGGACGCCUACUAUAG